AUGGCUCCUACUACCAAGACCGCAUACGUAACAGGCGGAGCAAGUGGAAUCGGACGAGCAGUCGCCGAGAUGUUGGCGAGAAGAGGGAUUCGAGUCGCAAUCGCAGAUUCCAACCUCGCACAAGCAGAAGUCGUAGCGAGAAGCUUGACCCAAGACGCACUGGCAGUAGGCGUGGAUGCAGCGAAAUGGGAAUCGCAAGUGGAAGCUUUCGAGAGAGUGUUGCGGGACUUGAAACGCGUGGAUUAUGUUUAUGCUAUCGCUGGAAUAGGCGAGAAGAGCUGGAUUCCCAAUGAUCCGACUCAGGUUGGUUUCGUCAAACCGAAUCUUGCGGUGUUGGAUGUCGAUCUCACGGGAGUGCUGUAUACCGCUGCUUUGGCGAUUCAGCAGAUGAGACGCCAGGAGCCAGAUGAGGAUGGUUGGAGAGGAAAAAUUGCGGUUACGGCUUCCGUUUGCGGAUUCUAUUGCGUGCCCACACUUCCCAUCUAUACAGCUGCCAAGCAUGGAGUCGUGGGUUUCGUGCGCAGCUAUGGCAAACAUCUUCCGCGAGAGCAAAUCACGCUGAACGCGAUAUGUCCUGAUGUGGUCAGGACGGGGAUUUCAAAGGAAGAUUUCUACUCCGUCAUGGAGGCGAAAGGUUUGCUUGUUCCGAUGGAGCUCGUGGUACAGGCGUUUGAGCAGUGCUUGGACAGCAGCAUCUCGGGCGAGACUCUAGAGAUUGAGCCCAAGACCGGCAUCGUGUCUAGAUCUGGUCCGGAGCCUCUAGACAAGGAGACCGAAGAGUCAAUGGACAUGCUGCAUGCAAGAGGCGCCCCUCUGCAUGCGAUAGGGACCAAGCUAGCCUCGUAGCAGUAUUGAUCAACGUGUAUGAUGUCUGGUGUCUGCAGCAUCCGAGACGUGGCUUGCGUGGGCGAGCAGGAAUUUGCAGCACGUCAGUGUGUACUUGCAAGCUUUGGUCCACUGCUCUUCUUGGCCGAAGUUGCCCAGCUUGAUACUGACGUCCCCAAUCUUGUCCUUGACGAUGGGAUAUGGCAUCUUCAGACCGGGCGAGGUGCGCUCCACAUGCUGACCAACUUGUCGGAGGCAUUCCAGAAACGCUACCAUCGCAUUAUCAAAGUUCCGGUGCAAGAAACCUAGACCCAAUGGCAGGUCACCACUGCUGAACAGCUCGAAGACUGUCUUUUUCGGCUUGCCUUCUGAUGUUGAGGCGGACUGUGAAUACUCUAGUUUGAUGACCUUGGAUGUGGAGCCGACAGGGACUAAUUCGAACCCUUCGAGCUUGUGUCCCAGCUUGCCGAUGACAACUGUAAGCAGCAAGAGCGUCUGACCCCAAGCAGCAUUGAUCUCGGGCCAAUCAACCGACUGUUCGGGAGUCCUCCCAAGACGCAGGCCAUUGAUGGUGCCAAAGGUGCCGUCAUGCCCAAUACAGAAAGUAUCAUUGUACACGUUAGUACGUUGCAGUGCUUCCAGCACCUUUGUAUCAUGAGCCAGCUGGGUGUGAAGACUGUCCCGCUCUUCUCGAAAAGGGGUAAGUUCAACAGUGAAUGCGUUGCGCUCGCGCCAGAACUGUUCCUCCUCCUCGUCGAGAGCCUCGGCUUCGGCAUCGAGAGCAGCCAUCUCAUCUUCCAUGCGAGCCUUCUCUGCCUCGAGCGCCUCAAGUUCUUCCAGAGCUUUCUUCUCGCGUCGUUGGGCAUCUUCGAGGGCACGCUGAGUCUCUGCUUUCUCUUCUUCAGUCGGUAUAUCUUGCUGAGCUCGCUUCAAGAACUCGACAUAGGCGUCUCGUUCACGUGUCACGCCCGUCUGUCGCUUCUGCAGGCCUUCCAGAAGGAGCUCGGUGCAUUCGGAGCAUACCGGGUGGUCUAUAUCGGAUCGAGCAGCCAGUAUCUCAAAGAGUCUGCGCGUCGUCUCCAGCUCCUCGGACAUCGCGGGCUGCCCGUCGUCUACACUGCCGUUUGUGGCUUUCUUCGCACUCGACUUGUUCCGUGCUGAGGCUCCGAGCUUUGGUGCAACUUGCGAGCCGGGAAGCAUGAUAUAUGACAUGUCUUGCUUGUGUCGGCCUGCACGAACAUCGCGCUUGUAUAUCGGAGUCGCUGCUUGUUGGGAAACAGUGUCGUACAGCUGCCUUCUCUCCUUGGCUGCUGCUGAACGCGGUGCUUCGGGCGCCUUCGGCGCGAGCACUGGAGCAGCAUCGGCCAGGAUCUUGAAUGAUGCCGGAUUGAGAGUCUCGAGAGAGGCGUCGAUGCGCAGAGGCGUCUUGCAUUUCUGGCACUGCAAGGCGGCCAUGGCGGUGGCGUGGUCUAUACCGGGCUGUGCUUUCAAUUUCCCAUCACUCCGCUACCAUCGUCGAGUAGACAUGAACCAUUUGAGGAGUAGAGGCACAAGUCAGUUCGUCAGUUUGUCAGUCAGUCAUGCAAGCCAGUCCGGUUUGGCAUCUGAAGUGAAG